AUGAAUAAAUACAAAAGUGUGACUUAUAAGUUGUCAGACAUUGGGGAUCUCCUGAUUAUUAACCUUCCAUGCAACAUGCCUGCUGACAGUGAAAUUCUUCUUGAUAUUCAAUAUCACGGCUAUAUGACUGAGGCUGAUGCUGAUGUAGUGACUAAUAGAGGACUUGUUAUUGCAAGCUUUAAAGACACCGACGACACAGCUCAGAAUUAUAUUUACACUGACUUUGAACCAGCAAAAGCACGACAAUGUCUGCCUUGUUAUGAUGAACCAGGAAUUCGAGCGUUAUUCAGUCUACAAAUCGAGCAUCAUGCAUCUUACAAUGCAAUUGGAAAUAUGCCUGUCCUCAGAAUAUAUCAAUCGAAUUCAGCAAACAAUUACGUUGUGACUUCAUUUAAAGAAACCCCAAAGAUGCAAUCGUACCUUCUAGCCUUUACUUUAUCAAAGUUCGACUACAUACAAAGCAACGAUUUAGAUAUACCACAGAAAAUGUAUGCAAGACAAUCGAGAAUUGUAAAUGGGGAUGUAAAUAAGAUUAUCGUCUACCUCGACAAAGCGUUAAAGGCAUUUGAAGAAUAUUUUAAAGUUCCUUAUUCGCUUCCGAAAUUAGAUCACUUUAUUGGACCAGAUUUUUAUACAGCUAUUGAAAAUUGGGGGAUCAUUGGAUAUUCAGAAAGGUUCUUAUUUAGUGAUGAUCAUUUUUCAAAUAUUCGGACACUAUUGCAUGAGAUUGCUCAUCAAUACUUUGGGAACCUAGUGUCUCCAAAAUGGUGGUCUUAUGUGUGGCUGAAUGAAGGACUUGCUAAAUUUUAUGAUACUGAAUUAUUGAAGCUAGUCAUUCCAGAAGAGAUGGUAAAAAUUGAAAGACAUUGGCAGACAAUAAGAUUCUAUGCCUUCCUAGUCGAUAACCAAGAUUCAACAAAUCCAAUGAAUCAUUAUGUCGAAGAACUUGAGGAUAUAAGCAAGAAAUUUGAUAAUAUUAUUUAUCAUAAAGCUGCUUGCAUUAUUCAGAUGUUUCAAGGUGUUGUAGGCGUUGAGACUUGGAAGAAAGGAAUUAAAUAUUAUUUGGAAGAUAAUCAAUAUUCAGCAGUUGAGCCAAAUGACUUGCAUAAAGCUGUUCAAAAAUCGCUGAAUGAGGAUCAUCCUGGAAAUUCCCUAAAUAUAAAUGAAUUGAUGACUUCUUGGGAAGAUAAGGCUGGAUACCCCAAAAUAUUUGCCAGCUUAGUAAAUGGAUCAUUAAGGCUUUCGCAAAAACGAGAUGUUGAUGCUAAAGGUCUACAAAAUGCAGUCUACAACAUUCCAAUAACUUACUCAACUUCAGAUGACCCAAAUUUCGAUGACUUAACAACAAAAUUUUGGAUGACUGAAAAGGAAAUGGAAAUCAAGGGUUUUAAAGACAAAUGGAUAGUCUUAAAUAAUCAACAAAAUGGAUACUACAAAAUUGACUACGAUGAGAAUCUUUGGAACCGAAUAAUCGAUCAACUUCAUGCAAACCAUUCAGUCAUUCAUCACAUCAAUCGAGAAUGGCUUUUUAAUUUCAGAUUGUAUAGACUUUAUGCUGAUGAUCAUGAAAUAUCCACAACUUUGCGAUUUUUGACUUAUUUAAAGCACGAAGAAAAUGUUUAUGUCUUGUUAGCUAUGCAAACUCUACUCAGAAAGUUUUUAGAAGCUAAUCGGAAUGAUGAAGCUAUUAAGUCAGAAUUAAAAGAUAUCCUUGAAGUUGUUUAUCAGAAAACAAAGAAACAAGAGACAAUCUAUACAAUUAAGUCCAUAUCACAUCAAUUAGGGGUGCAAGUAGCUCUUGAUGACUCAAUUAAUAAAAUGAUGAACAUUUUGGGUCAUCCACAUAAAGAUGCAAAGAUGAUAUACUGUUAUGGCUUGCAGUACGCUAAUGAAACAAUAGUUGAGAUUUUUAUGAAUGCUUUAAGGCCAUUAAAAGACAUAAAGCUAGUGGAACCAAUGCUUCAUGGCCUUGGAUGUGUAGCAGAUGCUGAAUUAUUUAAGAAAGCAUUAACAGUUCUAUUUGAAAGAGACAAUGAAGAUUUACAGACUAUUCUUUAUUCAUGGAUAAAAAAAAUGGAAACUGAAGAAAAAGUUGAUGCCUUUCUGACAUUUUUGGAAGAGAAUUAUUUAAAACUAAAAGAAAGAUCUUCGGACGUGCUGGAAUUUCUUCUAAUCAAUUCUAUAUCCUCGAUGAAAACAGAUUAUCAAGCUGAUCGUUUAAAAAGUUUAAAACUAUGA